CCCUUAGCCAUGACACAAAAGAGAGAGAUCUAAAUUUCAGGCAACAAAAGGUUGGUGCUGAUGAUUCAAGUGGAUCACUAUUCUAUAUAUAGGUAUACACACGUACAUGGUAAUUGUGCCUGAGGAACUAUAUAUAUUUGGUUUCUACUAUAACAUACUACAUUGCAGAUCAGAGAGAGAGAGAGAGAGAGAGAGAGAGAGAGAGAGGAAAAGCAUGCAGACUGUGAAGGAAAAGCUAAGUGACAUGAAGGAAAUGCGCAAGGUGAAGGCCGAAGCCAAGGCAGAAGAGCAGGCUGAGAGGGAGUUGGCUAAAGCCAGAGCAGACAUAGCUCAUGAGGUUAGGCUGGCGAGAGAGGCCGAGGGUUCAAUGGAGCUCCAUGUGGCAAAAGCUGGCAAGAAAGCUGAACGAGAGAUAGCAAAGCACACAGCCAAUCACAAUCAGCCACCUCACUCUGUAGGCCACCAAAAUGAUUGUCCGGCCGGCACAAAUGAUCCCCAUGGUCAGGUUUGCCCAAAUAACCCUGCGGGGUCCUCGACCGCCGCCACGGGAUUAAAGAAUACUACCAACGCAGCUGGGGCUCCUCCAAAGAACAACCAGCUUCUUCCCCCAGAUUUCAACAUUUUCACUUCUAAAUAAGCAAAUAAGUAAAUUUAAUCAAUACCCAUGUAGUUUGGUUGGUCCAGCGUAAAGUUUAUUAUUUGAGUUUAAAUUCUUUUCAUCUGGGGUGGAAACCUUAGGUUUUCCACCACUAUUCGUUAUGGGCUCCACCUUGCAUGUUUUGUUCUAAUUUGAACCGUUUAUCUUGUAGGACUUGUAGAGUACAUUCAUGCAAAAAAUCAGCUUGAUUGUAUAUCAAAAAUUAAAUUUUGAUUCAUAAAAUGGACGGUCAUGGACAGUUUAACUUCAAAAUCUAUGACUGUCCAUUUUGUAAACUAAAAUUUAAUUUAAUUUAAUUUUUGAUAUAUCUAUCGAUAUCGGAUCAAAUUGAUUUUUUACACGACUAUACUACUUUGCGGAUCCCACAAGAUGAACGAUUCAGAUUUAAAAAAAAAAUCAAUUGAGGCCAACAGGCGGUGGUGGAAACAAUGGGAUUUUCACCUCUGGCGAAAAGAACUUAACCUCUUAUUGUUUAUUGGUGAAUAAACAAAUAAAUAAGCAUAGUAAAUUAAAGGGACUCUUGGUAUUUGUCGUCAAAAGAAUAACUUUUUGGUAGUAGUUGUACGUUUUUUCUAAUUUUUCUAGAUUAAUGGGAUCAAUUUAUUCUGAAAAUAGCUCGUUGUUUCUACUAUGUCCCCUCUUUGCUCCUCGGUCAUUUAUUUAGAA